CUCGAUUCCCUUCGCUUGCCUCCUAAGCGUCUGCUAACACAAGUCAGCUACACCAUGGAGGAAUACUGACGUACUUUCAUGCAGUGGACUGUGUUAAUUUUGCAGAAUGAGAGCUUACAGUAAAACUUUAGUUUUGUCAACGUUCUUUUUUAUUUUGUUGCUUCUAUACUUUUUUGCCAGACGCGAUGCACUUUUAAAAGCAGAGCAGAAUGGUGGCUCUUUACGGGACGUGAGAAGUGCAGUUACCUUUCAUCCGCCACUUUUGCGUGAUACACAGCAAGAGACUCGCCGAAGACAAAAACUAACUAAAAUACUGUCAGGCAGCAAAAAGAUUACUAGGAAACAUCCAAAACAAUUUUCAAUGUCAAUAUCUCAUAAAGGGCCAAUGCAUUUGGCUUUAGUGGCCUGUAGAAAUCAUCUGGAAGAAGCCCUGACGAUGAUGAAGUCUGCUCUUCUCUUCAGCAACAGAAAGAUUAUGUUUCAUAUCUUUACAGAAGAAUCUAUUAAGUUGAUGUUUGAAACUAGGCUCAAGCAGUGGCUUGAUCCACUUUCAAGCAAGUUUCAGUAUAUUAUCCGUGAGAUUACCUUUUCAAUUAAAGAUGCAGAAGAAUGGAAGAAAAUAUUUCAGCCAUGUGCUGCACAACACCUCUUUCUUCCAGUAGUUCUAAAGGAUGUGGAUUCACUGUUGUAUGUGGAUACUGAUGUUCUAUUUCUGAGACCUGUAGAAGAUAUCUGGAGUUUUUUGAAUAUGUUCAAUGACACUCAGCUUGCUGGAAUGACCCUUGAACAUGAAAUACCAAACAGAAUAUUUGAUCACCAUUCUAUAAAAGGAAUUGCUGGAAUAAACUCUGGGGUCAUGUUGAUGAACCUUACUCGUAUAAGAAGUGCAGUCUUCAAGAAUAGCCUAAUUCCUAAUGGCGUGGAAUGGAAAGAUUUAUUGAAUCAUUUUUAUGAGAAAUAUAAAAACUACAUCACUUGGAAGGAUCAAGACAUGCUGAACAUAAUUUUUCAUGAUAAUCCAGAGUAUCUGUAUAAGUUACCCUGUCAGUGGAAUUACAGACCACAGCAUUGUAUGUAUGGCAGCAACUGCAAAGGGGCAGAAGAAGAAGGUGUGUCAAUUCUACAUGGAAACAAUGGUGUGUACUACGAUGACAAACAGCCAGCCUUCAAAGCUGUAUAUGAAGCUAUACAUGGUUAUACUAUUGAAGAGAAUAUGUUCCAGUCAUUGUUGUAUCCUCUUCAAACAAAGUUUCUGGACACUGUGAAUACUUUGUGUGGAAGAAUACCGCAGAUCUUUCUUAAACAAAUUGAGAAGACUUUGAAGAAGGUAUAUGAACAGCGUGUGGUCAUUCAUUUGGGACAUCUACAGUAUUAGAAAGAUUGGACCCAGGUGACCUUUACUCCCAAGUACAUGGGCAGGUUACAUGCUGAAUAUUUUUCGGCACGGGAGACAUGCGCACCAUGAGACCCUCAAUCUGCCUCUUCCAGUUGAUGGAAAUUCUCAUUUAUUCAGUUCGGUAUACUGUAUUCCAGAAUUUCAUUUUUUCAGAAUUACUUAAAUGUAAAUGUUUUUGUCUUACUGUUGUGUUUGUAUGCACUUCAGGAGAAAGGAAUCUGAUUGCCUUAAGGACUUGAUAUGUGAGACAGUGUAAAUCAGCAACGUCCGGCAUGACUUUGGUGGUUAUGGUUGGGUGGAUCACCAAAUAAAAUUUGCUUGGGUCCCUGAAAGGCCAGGACUGGUGUGGAUUGUGGGGUACACUCACU